UAAAGACCUUGACGCAUCUCUAUCGUCCAAUCAGAUGCAUCCGAAGCAGAGAUUUUGGCUUUUCACAUAGUUUAUCGUAAUAAAAGAAAAGUACUUUAAUCAACUAACUACACUAGAGUGCUAUUGAAAUUUCCCCCAACCAAACGUGUAUUGAUUAGUUUUCUCAUCUUUGAACGCUAUGCUCAGGCGUUUUUCAUCACUUUCUGGCCAUAUAGAGUCACGAAUUCAUUCCGUACUUACUCAGAAGUUUCAGAUAUAUAACGAAAGCCAUCUUCACAGUAAAAAGCAAGGUUCAGAAACACAUUUCAGAGUAGUAAUAGUUUCACCUCACUUUAACACUCUUUCUGCUGUUCAGAGAGAGCGAUUGAUUCACAAGUCAUUGGAAAAUGAAUUACAAUCUGGUGUGCAUGCUUUAUCAAUCAUAGCUAGAGCAGUUGAUGAACCUUUAGACAUACACACGUCUCCACCUUGUCAGAAACACGCUUAAUAUGGUGAUUUUAUUGAGCUUAAUAUCUCUCCUGAAGAGUAGUACAUACAACUGUAAAAUUUGAAGUCACGGAUUUCAGUUAGUGCAUUUUUGAUGCAUGCACAUUAUACAAUAUAUUUAUUGUCAUGAAAACUUCCCUUUACAUUUGUACACACUUGAAUUUCGUGAGUAUAAAUAUACUAGUAGUUUUGGCGUAUCAUUGCUAAGAUUGUUGAACGUUCAGUGACGAUGUUCUGCUUGUUUCUUAGACCUUCUGCUUCAGCUACAAAAAAUAAAGUAAAAUUAUUUUAAUACAACUGAUUUUUAAAACUAAAAUGUCUUCAAAGAAAUUUAAUAAAAAUUGUUCUUUGAUGAAUAUACCUUUUUUUACUUUUUGAUGUUCAGAAAACACUCAAUUAUAUGGACACAUAAU